GCAUUGCAGAGAUGACAAAGCAAGUGCAGCUUUGCUUUAUAAAAGGGAAGUGAGCCACAAGUAGACAUCAAAAGCUGUUAAGAGCUAUCCAGUAAGUAACUACCGACAACAACAAGACGGUAUGACUCCUUUGCUUUCUUUAGCUUUUGAUUAUCAUGUAUUAACAGCUAGAGGUUGAAAGCUGAAACCCUACCAUUGCCAUUUACCAAGCAAUAAACCUCUAUUACUGUUUAAUUUAUUACGUAUAAAGAACUUAUUAUUCAAAUACACUGCUGAUUAACUGGGGCCUUUCCUACUUCUAAAUGAGAAAAAAAAAAAUCUAGACAUUUCCUGGCAUGCGGUGUCGUUUUGAAAGUUGAUCGACAAUAAUGAAACUAAGGCCUGCCAAAAGUUACAUUAUUCUAGUGUUAUUCUUCCUCAGGCCUUGGCAUUUUGAGAAAUUAAAGAAAAACCGUUAAGAAUAUUAAGACAACGUUAGAAUCUAGCUUCGAUAUCACUCUAAAGUUAUGCUUGACCAACUACUAGCCAGACCAAAAUUGUAAUUUGUUGAUGAAGGCAUAGACUUCUGAUGAAAAUCUCAAUCUAAUUCACCUAAUUGAAAAACCCCACCAUUUCUUUACUCACUAUAUAAUUAGCAUCAUCUUUUCAACACGUUUUCUGCAUCCAAUCAAUAACUCUCUCUCUCACAAUCUUUCAUAUCUUACUACCUUUUUCUUCUACAACAAUAUCCUCCAAGCAAACACCACAGUAAGAUGGGUUCGAGCAAUCUUCCAGCAGCUGCCAUUUUGAGGGCUAUUGUGCUUUCAUUGUAUAGUUUCUUUAUUUUCCCUGACUUGGUAGUUGCAAAGCAUACAGGCAUUACUAGGCACUACAAGUUCAAUAUUGUGAUGCAAAACGUUACAAGAUUGUGCCAAACAAAGAGUAUAGUGACUGUGAAUGGUAAGAUCCCUGGGCCCCGGAUCAUAGCAAGGGAAGGCGAUAGGCUUUUAAUUAAGGUCGUCAAUCUUGUUCAAUACAAUGUCACACUCCAUUGGCAUGGAGUAAGGCAGCGAAGGAGCGGAUGGGCAGACGGACCUGCCUACAUCACACAGUGUCCGAUUCAAACAGGACAGACCUAUUUGUAUAAUUUCACAGUAACUGGCCAAAGGGGAACAUUGUUCUGGCAUGCUCACAUCUCAUGGCUUAGAGUGACUCUGUAUGGUUCCUUUGUCAUCCUCCCAAAGAAAAAUGCUUCUUACCCAUUUCCCCAGCCUCACAAAGAAGUCCCUAUAAUUUUUGGGGAAUGGUGGAAAGCUGACACAGAGACAAUUAUUAACCAAGCAACUCAAACAGGCGGAGCACCAAAUGUCUCUGACGCCUUCACAAUUAAUGGUCUUCCAGGACCCUUGUAUAACUGUUCUGCAAAAGAUACAUUUAAGCUGAAGGUGGAGCCUGGAAAAACCUAUCUCCUUCGUUUAAUCAAUGCUGCACUCAACGAUCAGCUUUUCUUCAGCAUCGCAAAUCACAGUCUCACUGUUGUUGAAACGGAUGCAGUCUAUGUCAAGCCCUUUAAGAGCCACAUUGUACUCAUCACUCCUGGACAAACCACAAACGUCCUGCUCGAGGCCAAAGCCACUCCACCUAAUGCCACCUUCUUAAUGGCUGCUAGGCCUUACGCCACCGGUCCAGCUGCUUUUGAUAACACCACCACCUCUGGAAUUCUCGAAUAUGAGAAACCUUCUGUUUCUAACUCCAAGAACAAGAAACAUCCCCUUCUUAAGCCAUCACUUCCAGCAUUCAAUGAUACCACAUUUUCCAUGAAAUUCUCCCAGAAAAUUCGUAGCUUGGCCACCGCAAAAUUCCCAGCUAAAGUCCCCAAAAAGAUUGAUAGACGUUUCUUUUUCACAGUUGGGUUAGGGACACUCCCGUGCUCCCAAAACCAAACCUGUCAAGGGCCCAACAAUAAUAGAGUAGCAGCUUCAAUCAACAAUGUGUCGUUUGUGCAACCAAAUGUAGCCCUUCUCCAGGCUCAUUUCUUUAACCAAUCAAAGGGAGUGUAUACAACUGAUUUCCCAGCUAACCCACCUUUCAAAUUUAACUAUACAGGAACACCACCUAGCAAUAUUAUGGCAACCACUGGUACAAAGGUGGUGGUGCUGCCUUUUAAUACGAACGUGGAGCUAGUAUUGCAGGAUACUACCAUUAUUUUGGCAGAAAGCCAUCCUCUUCAUCUCCAUGGCUUCAAUUUCUUUGUGGUUGGACAAGGUUUUGGCAACUUCAACUCCAGUAAGGACCCUGCCAAAUUCAACCUUGUUGACCCUGCGGAGAGAAAUACUGUAGGUGUGCCUUCUGGCGGUUGGGUGGCCAUACGGUUCCUUGCAGACAACCCAGGUGUUUGGUUUAUGCACUGCCAUCUGGAAGUUCACACCAGCUGGGGCUUGAAGAUGGCUUGGGUUGUCAUGGACGGGAUAAGACACAAUCAAAAGCUGCCACCUCCACCUUCUGAUCUUCCCAAAUGUUAAUUUUGUAAUUUUAUACGUGUUUUCCACAUUCUUUUAUCUUUUCAUUCACUGUCCUUUUCUUCCCCAGAAAGAAAGAGAGAGUGCAACGCUGUUUUCAUUUGCACUUUCCAUUAUGUGCCAACUGCACUGUAUCCCACAAAAUGAAAGUGGGUGGAGCUUUGAUUAAUUUGCUAGGCUGGUAAUAUUACUCACUUAAUUACCAAUGAUAGAUACAUGCAUAAAUAUUCAUAUUUGUAAUUUUUAAAUUUGCAUAUUUUAUCCUAUUACAUU